AUGAUAAAUGGUAAGAAAAACAGAAGUGCAAAGACAAAAAAUUAUAUAAUUAAUGUUAAUUGUUAUACAUGGAUAAAUAAUAGUCAUGGAUUAUUUGAUUAUGAAAGUGAAAAUUUUUAUAAAAAAUGUUUUAAAAUAAAAUGUUUAUAUAAUUUUUAUUAUAUUUUAAAAGAUGAUAUAAAUGUUGAAAUAAAAAAUGAAGAAGAAAUAAGCAAGAUUAUGUUAAAUAAUACUAACUUAAAGUUAAUAUGUAAAAUAAAAUAUAUAAACAAUAACUAUCAAUUAAUCCCUUGUAUUGAAAAUAUAUAUGAUGAUACAAAUAAUAGUGAUACCAAAAUAAAUGAAUCAAAUGAAAAUAAUAUGGCGGAUAAUGAUAUGAAUAAUUUUUGGGUAAUUGUUAAAUACUUAAAAAAUAAAAGUUCAGUGUUGCAUGAAGAUGAUGUAAUCAAAUUAGGAAGAGUUAAAUUAAAAAUAAAAAAAAUUAUAACUAAUAUUCAACAAGAAAAGGAAUAUAAUAAAUCUAUGUCUCCUUUUGAUGAUGAUGAAUGUGAAACAGUUGCUCCUGAAACUGAACAUUUUACAGGAAAUAAUUUAAUUGAAAAAAAUAUUAUUGUUAAUAAUUAUAUUAAUAGAAUCAAUGGAAAUGUUAAUUUUGAUAACAAUUUAUCAGAAGAUAUAUGCAUCCAUUGUGGCACAAUAAAUAAUAGUAAUAAUACUAAUGAUUCUGGUUAUAAAAAUAAUAGUGACAAUAAUAGAAUUUAUAUAAAAAAGAACUCCUUAAACAUUUUAUCUUCAAAUAUAACUAAUAAUAAUAAUAAUAAUAAUAAUAAUGCAGUCAAUAAUUCUUAUAUAGGUGACACAUUUUCAUUUAAAAAUAACACAUUAAAUGAUAUUUAUCCGAAAUGUUCAAAUAUAGAUAGUAACCUUCAUUUAAAUAGUUAUAAUAUUAAGAAUAUAUAUAAUAAUUACAGUAAUGAAACAAAUAAUAAUAUGAAUGGUUUUGAAGAUUCAAAUGAUAGAAACAACAUGGAUAAAAAUUAUAUUAUGAUGAAAGAAAAUGAAAUUAGUAAUUUAUAUAGAAAUUUAAUGAAUUCAAACGAUUCAUGUAAAAACUUAACUCCAAUUAAAUUUAAUGUAAAUGAAAAGGAAAUAAGUUCAUCUAAUGAUAACGGAAAUUUUGAUAAUAAUAAUAAUAUCAAAUUAAGCAAUAAUGGAGAUAAUGAAUAUAAUAUAAAUUCAAAUAACCGUAAUAAUAAUAUUAUCAUUCCUAUUAAUAAUCAUAACGAUAGUAAUCUAAAUAUUAGUAAUAACUCCAUAAAGAAUAAGUGCAAUGAACAUAAAAGGCAUAUUGAGGAAAAUAAUAAAAUUAAAAAAAAAAAAGAUGAAAUAAUGGUUUCAGACAAUAGUUAUAAUAAUAUAUUGGAUGAUUUUGUAAUAUCAAGUUCAUUGAAAGAAAAAGGUUUGAAUAAAGAUGAAAUAAAAUCAUCUUACUUAAAUGAAAGUAAUCACAAAAACAAUAGAUGUUGCCAUGAUAAGAACAUAUCAUUAAAUAUGAAAAAUGAUGACAUAGAAAUAAAAGAAAUUUCUUUAAAUUCAAAAAGUAUUAAAAAUGAUAAAGGAGAUCAUGAUGAUCAAACAUAUAAAAAUAAAAAAUUAUAUGAAACAAAUUUACAGGAUAAAAACAAUAGCACGAAUUAUUUAGAAAAUUCACCUAUUCAUAUUAAUUAUGUAAAUUUAACAGAUAAUAAUAAUAAUAAUGUUAUGAAUAAUAAUUUUAAUAGUAAUAAUGGAAAUAAUAAUAAAGAGUUUAUUGUGAAAGAUAUAAAUAAUAGGGAAUUAAGAAAUCAUUGUUGUGACCAUUAUGAUGAGAAGAUGAAUCUGAAUGAUAAGAAAAAUAUAUAUGAUAAUGAAGAAAAUGGAAAGUUAAGAAACGAUUUUUUUAAUAGUAUAAAUUUAUUAAGAAGUAAUAGCAUUAAUAAAAAAAACAAUAAUAAUAAUAAUAAUUGUUCCUCAAAAGGGACUAAAAGGAUAAAUAAUUAUGAAAAUGUAGAAUUUAAAAAUAAAGAAAAAGGAGAAAUGCUGAAUAAUUCGAAAGACUUUUUUAUUCAUUGUAAAAAAGGUUUUUCCAUUUCAAGUUUAUAUAAUUGUAGAAUAUGCUUAUGUGAAUAUGACGAUGUAAAUAAUCCUUUAAUUUCACCUUGCAAAUGUAAAGGUUCAAUGAAGUACGUUCAUUUAAACUGUUUAAGAACCUGGAUGAGAGGAAGAUUAAAUGUAAGAAAUGAAUGUUCUUCUUAUUCUUUUUUUUGGAAACAAUUAAAUUGUGAAUUAUGUAAAUUUCCGUAUCCAACAUAUAUAUAUGUACAAAAUAAAUAUUUAGAAUUAUAUGAGAUACCAAAACCUGAAUUACCAUAUAUAAUUAUUGAAUUAAUUAAUGAUAGAAAUAAAGGUUUUUAUAUUGUCAGUUUAGCAAAUACCAAAUAUGUUCGAAUGGGAAGGGGGCAUGAUAGUGAUGUUCGUGUUAAUGAUAUUUCUGUAUCGAGAUUUCAUGCAAUGAUUAAAUUUCAUAAUGGAAAUUUUUAUAUAGAAGAUUGCAAAAGUAAAUUUGGGACAUUAAUUCAAAUAAGAAAACCUGUUUUUUUUAAUAUAAGAAGAAAUAAAUUUAUUGCUUUGCAAAUAGGUAGAACUGUUAUGUAUGUGUACAUGAAGAGAAAAAACUGGAUGUUUUUACCAAUAUGCUUAAAAUUAUCAAAAACAAAAGAUGAAGAUGUAAGUACUCUUGAUAACUUUUCCUCAAAAUUAUUAAUGGAUAAUAAUAUGCAAUUAACAAAUAAUAAUUUUGAAUAUAAUAGAAUUAAUAACGAAUUAUCUAAUUAUGAAAAUAUUAAUCAAAUUAUUGAAUGUGUAAAUAACCACAUUUUAAAUAAUAACGGAAAUGAUAAUAUUAGUUCUACAGAAAACGUAAAUAAUCAGAAUCAAAAUGACAAUUUGAAUAUUAAUGCUAAUAACAGAUAUGAUUCUUCAAAUAAUAAUAAUAAUAAUAGUGUUAAUAAUAAUAAUAGUGUUAAUAAUAAUAAUAAUAAUAAUAGUGUUAAUAAUAAUAAUAAUAGUGUUAAUAAUAAUAAUAAUAAUAAUGAAAGUAUUAAUAAUAAUAAUGACAAUGUUAAUGAUAAUAAUGAUAAUAAUAGUGCUAAUGAUAAUAAUAAUAAUAAUGUAAAUAAUGAUAGCAAUAAUAGUAAUAGUAUUAGUAAUAAUAAUAUUAAUAUCAAUAGUAAUAAUAGCUAUAGUAACAGUAGUAGUAAUAAUAACAAUAAUAGUAAUAAUAUGAAAAGUAAUAAUGCAAAUAGCAAGAUUAACAAUCAAAAUAAUGAUAGCAAUGAAGAUGCUCUUAACAAUAGUAGUGACAUUAAUAUAAGCAUAAAUAGUAGUAAUGAUGACGAAAAUAUUACUAUUAAUAAUAUUUUGACAACUCGUAAUAAUGAUGUGAACAUUUUGAAGAAUUCAAAUAAUUAUGAAAGUAAUAAUACAAAUAAUACAAUAAAUGAUGGAAAUAUGAAUAAUAAUAAUAUAGAAAAUUAA